AUGUCGAUAGUAAAGUUGCAUAACCAAUGGCCUGGGGGGUUACCCUCCUGUAUCCGCCGACAUGAAGAGCCCAUGGAGGAUGUGGAAUCUGUCACGUGCGCUUGGAGGCGUUUUGUUCGUGAGCAGUGGGUCGAUGGCACGGACGCGGAUCAACAGAGACGAGCUCUGAUCGAACAAUGGGCAACCGCAGACCAGGAAACCCGCGAUAGCUAUGAAUCUCGAGCCCUAGUAGAUGAACUACCUUUUGGGGACCCUGAAAGUGAACCCUGUCUUUCUAGACAUGUAUACUACCAAGCUGACGAGGUCUAUGUCUGCAUCUCCCAAUGGACUCCUAAGACACAAGCUCUACUAGCGAAGUGCAUUCUUUCAUUAUUCGGAUUGGACUGUGGCGACGACCUUCUGGUAACAAUGAUAUCGGUACUGAUGCCUUUCGAAAAAAACCAAGGUGACCUGGUAGACAACUUCAAGUUCCGUCGGAGUGUUGCCCGACCCGACUUCCAAGAUAUGCACAUGACGCAGGACGGAACCGUGCUGUUCGCAAAUACGUUCCCGACACUUAUUAUCGAUGACCACACUCUUCAAACUGGACUGGCACUUUGGAUCCAGUACGAGACAAACGGAUUCCGAGAGCGCGCUUAUAGGAUGCAAUUACUCUCCAAAGAAUUUCCUGACUUAUUUCGCGAUGUGUAUUUGAAUCAGAACUCUUUGGAGGUCCAGUUGAAUUUUAUGGAGGAUGACGACGAGGAUGAAAAUCUGGAUAUGUUUUGGGAGGAAAAGCCGGCCGACAUGCGUCGCUCAUUCAUGGAAGUUUAUAUCGGGGCAGAUGAGAGGACACGCGCUCUACUUGACGUAUAUGCGCCUGGGUACCGGGAGGCUGAGAGCCUGGGCAAUGGUUUAGCGAUUGGGUAUAAUUUGGAACAAAUCAUCAUCAACAAGGGACAUCCGACGAAGAUGACGAUCAUAGAAGGCUGA